UUUUUAUUUAUUUUAGAUUGAAGAGUGAGGAGACUCGAUUACUCGAACCCCACUCUCAAAUUGAGAGCUCCACCAACCAUUAGGACUUCGAAUUCCCCUAAAAAUUUCAGAUCGAUUUCAAACUUUUUAAGGUCCCAGAUAUCUUUGUGACACUGUUCAAUUCGAGGCAAAGUGGGGUCCAAUUCGAAUAGGCUGUUGUUCGAGAGAGAGAUCAAUGGAUCCGGAGGCUGCUCGAACGGCGAGGGAGUCACUCGACCUUGCAUUCCACAUGUCGAACAUUCUCGACACAGGGCUCGACCGCCACACCCUCUCCGUCCUCAUAGCUCUCUGCGACCUCGGUCUCAACCCGGAGUCUCUUUCCGCCGUCGUCAAAGAACUCCGAACUGAGCCUCCGCCGCCCUCUUCCGCAACCCCAACAACAUCUGCUGCUCCGUCGUUUCUUCCCUGAGCAGUAAUUACAUUGAGAAAUUCCAUGGGUGUGGCCCUAAAAUGCUGACUAGGAGUUUUGAAACUAGGAGCUCAUGGAUCAAAUGUGGUCUUAGGAACCACGAGACCAACCACUUGGGUUUGCCCAUUGGAGUUUAUCUGUAUAAUUGCCUGGUGAAUGUGUGAUGGAACUGCAUAUCUUGGGAUCGAUCAUGCUCUCAAAGAACCUUGGGCAUCCUGUUGGAAAAAGAACAAAAGAAAAAAAUAAAUAAAGUCUUUGCAUUCCUUGCAGACUUUGAUUGGCAUAUUGUGCUUGAAGGUUUCAUAAAAGUGGUUUGGAUUUUAUUAGAGAACUAUGUUUUUCCUAUGUAGUAUGUACAGUUUAAUAAUAUUGUCAUUUAACCUAUCUCUGAACA